UUCAUCUACGCUCUACAUGAAGCCAAAGGAGAGCUUAUCUUCUUUCUUAGUUCUUACGCUGUUCGAGUUCCAUUUCCGCAUUGUUGGCAUGGCGUCCACACUACUUCAGUUCCUUUUUCUUCCAAACCCUCCUCAUCUAAACCACCUCUUCCCAAGCCUAAACGCCCAAACCUCCACCAACUCGUCACAAUCACUCGUCCAUAGCCCAAGCAGAAAGAGCUUCUCCAUCAAAUGUGCUACUUCUAACUCCACCCCGCAGCCUGACUUCCCAUCCCCAUCCCCAUCCCCAACUCCAACUCCAACUCCGACUCCGACUCCGACUCCGACUCCAAGUUCUGAUACCCUCAACAAAGCGGACAGUUUCCCCAUCGAAAGGCGAAGAAAAUCUGAGAUAAUCCAUGAUCGAAAGUCGAGAACUGGCCUGGCAAUGCCCGAGCCACCCAACUUUGAGAUUGGUUGGAAGAGAACAAAGGAGAUCAAUUUGGAGAAGCCAAAAGGGUAUGUCAUAGCCGACUUUCUAGAGAAAUUGGAGGGCCUAAUGGGGAAAGAAUUUGGGUCGACGGAGCUGCUGGCAAAAGCCGGAGAAAUUGUGGCAGAGAGAGCCAGAGAAGAAGCAGAAGUGUUGAGAGAUGAAGGAGAAGUGGAGGAGAGGAUGAUCACGGAGUUGUUCAGGGUGUUGAGACUGAUGGAGAUGGAUUUGGCCAUGGUAAAGGCUGCUGUCAAGGAGGAUACAUUGGGUGAGAGGCUUGAGCAGGCCAAGGCACGGUGCAGGCAAGCCAUACUUGUAGCUCUCUCCUUUUGAAGCUUGAAAUGGCCAUGUGAUGAGGAUGAUGAAGAGUUGAAUAAUUUGCCACAUUUCUUUUUAUUAUUUGUAUAUUAACUGAAAGAGUCCUAGAUUAUACAUUACUUUGAUAUAAAAUUAAGCUGA